GUUAGGACGCCUUGGGCUGCUGGUGGCGGCGAUGCUGCUUCUGAUCAGCAUCCAGUUCGGCCCGACCGGGGCCAAUUGGGUGCGACCGAAGGGCUACAAGCAGAAUGUCGAACGGAUGCAGCAAUUCUACGUUGAGUUCGAGGCUGAAGUGGGUCGGGAAUUCCGUCAGUGGAAGCGCGAUGCUGUGAUGUCGCCACGGUUCCGUGAGCUGAUCGAUUCGGUACGCAUCGCGCCGGAGGAGCGGGGUUACGAGCUGCGCGAGCUUCCGACGGCCCGCGAAGGACCGUUCUGUGGCAUCUGCCGUGGGUUCGGUGGCUCGUUGCUGGAGUUCCGUCGCGAAGGAGCCUCGCGUCAGGAAGUGUUCGAUACGGCGUUCGAACUGUGCGCGCUGCUUGAUCUGCAGGCACCGGACAUUUGCCGUGGGCUGAUCGACCUUAACAUCGAUCAGCUGCUGUACAUCAUCGACAAUCGACCCAACCUGCCGAUCUCUUCGGUCUGUGCCGUCAUCUUCCAGUCGGGCGCUUGUGACCUAAACGAUGCGAACUUUAGCGCGUGGAGUGUAGAUAUCGAUCCGAACGGGACACCGGUGACGGAGUCCAAGUCAGGUGCUCCUCAGCGUGGUCCGAACGAUCUGAAGGUCAUCCAGCUGACCGAUCUGCACUUCGAUCCAAACUAUCGCGCCGGAUACAAUGCGGACUGUGGGGCGCCGGCCUGUUGCCGGGAGUCGCAAGGUAUCCCUGAAGAUCCGGAAGCAGCUGCCGGUUUCUGGGGCGAUUAUCGUGCGUGCGAUACCCCCUGGAACGCGGUCGAGGAUAUCAUCGAUCGCGUGGCGGAGGAUCACCCGGAUGCAGACAUUAUUUACCACACCGGAGACAUCAUCGACCACGGUAUCUGGGAGACGUCGAUCGGGUACAACGUACGAUCGAUCAAUCUGGUCACCCAGAAGCUGUUGGACAACUUCGCGCAAACGCCCGUCUACAACAUCCUCGGCAACCACGAGGCGCACCCAACGAACGUUUACGCCCUGGGCAACAUCGCACGGCCCGACUUUUCCACCAACUGGCUGUACCAUCUGUCCGCGGAUCUGUGGAGCAGUUGGUUGCCACGUACCGCCCAGCAGACGAUCCGCAUGGGUGGUUACUAUACGGCACUCGUUCGUCCCGGUUUCCGUGUGGUGGCGCUUAACAAUAAUGACUGCUACACCUUCAACUGGUGGAUCCUGUUCCAGCCCGAUGCUCUGCGCGGUCAGCUGCAGUGGCUGCAUGAUGUGCUGCUGCAAUCCGAGCGUGCGGGAGAGAAGGUCCACAUCCUGUCCCAUCUGCCCGUGUCGUCCGAUUGCUUUAGUGUAUGGCAGCGCGAGUAUCGUCGGGUUUUGGAACGGUUCCGUGACACAGUCACUGCCCAAUUCCACGGCCACACUCACAAGGACGAGUUCAACGUGUUCUACGCGGCGAACGAUCCCCAGUUUGCUGUGUCCGUGGCAUGGAACGGUGGUAGCGGCACGGCCCACACGAACGUCAACCCCAACUAUGUCAUCUACUACGUCAAUCCGGAUACAUAUGAAGUGACGGACUUUGAAUCGUACGCGUACAAUCUGACUGAUGCGAACCUGACGCCCAGUCAGAGACCAUCGUGGUUCCGAAUGUACUCGUUCCAAGAGGAGUACGGCUUGAGCGACCUAAGCCCGGCCGGGCUCGACGAAAUGGUGCGAAGGCUCGCCACACCAGCAGCGCGCGAAGAACUGCAACGCUACUGGGAGUUUAAGGUGAAGCUGGCCGAUGUCGCGCUGCGAAGCGGAUGCGACGAGAACUGUCUGCUGAAUCACCUGUGUGAAAUCGUCUCCAAUCAGGCCGACGAUGAUCGGAAGUGUCAGGAGCUGACGGAGACGUUUUUUGACUGAAAUAAUCACAGCGUAAAUAGCCCUUCAAGGACAU